GGAGUCGGCGCUCGCCGCUCAGUCUCACUGCUCAGCGACAGCUAGUAUUGGCGGAGGCGCGGAAGGGUGGGGAUGUUCGGUGGCUCAACACAACACACACCCACGCUCCUCGGCGCCUCACUCAUCGAUCCCGCUGUGCCACGUGUUCACCACAGUUCUUGACAUUUCAUCUCAAACAGAAGAAAGAAAUACGUCUUAGGAUUGGCGUCAUUUGUAAAGACUCUGCAGUUACCACCACCGAGGAUGUCUGAGAAAAUACUGGUGAAGCAGGAGAGUGAUUCCGCCAAGCCGUUCCUCGCCAGCCAAGCUAACGAAAAGGCAGGCACGUCCCCGGGCUACGUGACACCCCUGCUGGUGCUUGCUGUGGCAGCCAGUCUCCUGGGAUCUUCAGUUCCUGCUGGCUACUGUCUAGGUGUCAUAAACACUCCGCAGGAAAUAAUUCGACAAUGGGUGCGCCAAGUGGUGAUGAAUGUUUAUGAGCUGGAGAUGACAGAGAAGGUUGAAGUAUCAGUGUGGGCAGUGGUGGUUUCUCUCUUCAUCGGGGGUGCCAUUGCUGGUACCUUGCUUGGUGGCCGUCUUGCAGACACUAUGGGAAGGAAGAAAUCUCUACUAGUGAAUCAUCUACUGUGCCUCAUCUCAGGCAUCUUCCUCAUGUUUUGUAAAUUCAUCGGAUCUGUGGAGAUGCUGGUGAUUGGCAGGUUCAUGUCUGGUUUCUGCACAGGCCUAGCAACCUGUAUUGUCCCAACAUACCUGUCUGAAGUAGCACCAGCUGAGCUCAAGGGAGUGAUGGGGGUUGUGUUUCCUCUGGGUUUGACUACCGGCAUCCUCCUCUCUCAGGUAUUGGGAUUGGACAGCAUUUUGGGUACUGAAAAUGGCUGGCCUUUCUUGUUGGGUGCCUUCAUGGUGCUGGUAGUGGUGGCCAUCCUGGCACAUCCAGCACUGCCUGAGUCUCCAAUCUUCUAUUACACUAUGGAGCAAGAUGAGGUCAAAGGGCUUAGAGAGCUGCAACGUCUGAGAGGGAAAGACAGCAAGGCAGUGGAAGUUGAGGAUUCUGCCUUGAAGACUCUUGCCCACCAGAUCAAAGAGGCCCAGAGGAGCAACACCUGCGGUGCCAUGUUUCUGCUUCGCUCCAGCACUUACAGGAUGCCUCUUCUGCUUACCAUUCUUGCUAAUGCAGCACAACAAUUCUCUGGAGUUAAUGCUGUUUUUUAUUACUCAACCCUAAUCUUCCGGAGUGCGGGGUUGGACCAGUACCAGAGUCAGGGAGCCUCUAUUGGUGCUGGAGCCAUCAAUGUAAUCAUGUCCAUACUGGCAGUGCCCCUUGUCAGACACUGCCGGCGGAGGGUGCUGCUGCUGAGCUCCAUGGUGUUGUGUGUCCUGUGUCAGAGUGUGCUGGUGGGAGCACUGUGGUUUCUCCCUUCCUACUCUUGGGCUUCCUAUGUUGCCAUUUUCAGCCUCCUUGCCUAUGUACUGGUGUUUGGUAUUGGCCUAGGACCAAUUCCCUUCAUGAUUGCAACAGAACUUUUCCCAGUCGGGCCUCGGUCGGUGGGCAUUGUGGUGGGUGGCACCACCAACUGGUUCACCAACAUGAUAGUUGGUCUCACCUUCCCUGUUGUGCAGUCUGAGAUGGCAGAGUUUUCCUUCAUUCUCUUCAUUGCCUCCGUGUGUUUCUUUGCUAUCUUCAUGUACAACUUUCUUCCGGAGACUUUCAGAGGAAUGCACAUUGAUUCUCAAGAAGAUGUGACCAGUGAAUCAAGUAAAAAGACCAUGGUUGACCUUGAUAUUGGUGGUCCAGCUCCAGUGUAAAGCAACUCCCAUCUGUCUCCCUUACUGUGAUAAUAGUAAUAUUUCUGACUGUCAUGAUAUAUACAGGUACAACAACAAAAUAACAAUGAUACUACUAUUACUACCAUUACUACUACUACUACAAACAACUAAUAUUACAGUGGUACCUCAGUAUACAUCAAAUUAGAAUAAGUCUAACUUGGUAUAGGUUCUAUUAUGGUACAAAAAAAAAAAAAAAAAAAAAAUGCUCGGUACAUGACCUUUGUUUGAAAUAAGAUUUGUAUGCUAGAAUUUGUAUGGGUCAAAAUGAGUCAUGACACUGUUAAUUGCUAUUGUUUACAUCUUGAGACAAGUCAUUACUGCCUAGGAGUAGUAUUGCCAGGUUUUUUAAUUUACAUAGUUCGUGUAUUUACUUUUCUACUUACCAUAUUUGACUGCAUAUAAGAUGCAUCUUUUUCAUAAAAAUGGCUCAAAAGAUCACCCUUUGUCUUAUAUGUGAAUGUGAGGCCUCCCAUAGCUUAGUUUUUAUAUUUUCUUUACCCGUACACUCUAAAAUUUACAUGUAACACUAUAUUACAGGCAAGGCUGCUAUAUGUAUAUCAUAUUUUCAACCAUAACACAAUGUAAGGAUAAGUUGAGAAUGAAAACGUGGUUUUAUUAAGUGACAGGCCAAGUGUGUUAUUGACAUCUUGGCAGCUGGUCUGUUGUGUUCUUUGCUCACCUCAGUAACAAAGCUACUAGCUGUUUUAUUACUGCAAUCAAUAUAGGAUAUUUUUACUAUUGAGUUUGCUUGCUUUUUAUUCAGCUGUUUCUAACUCAAUUUAAACAUUACAUUCUGAAAUAUAUUUUUUAUCUUGGUGCAUCUUACAUGCUCAUGAGUUUUGUGGCAUCAUAUGGUAUGUUUUAGUAUCAAGCAGUGCUUUAAUGAUUUUAUACAGCCCCAUAAAUGUAUUGUAUGAUAUACCAUAGUAGGAUUUUUUUCAAGAGAAUGGUUAAAUAAUUUUUUUUUUCUUAUAAAAAAAAUUGGUUUGAUAUAGAUCCUCUUUGGUACAAAUUCAAUGAUUUGGAACAGAUUAAGGAUGUAUACUGAGGUACUACUAACGAUGAUAAUAAAUAAUAAUAAUAACAAUAAUAAUAAUAAUGAUAAUAAUAAUAAUAAUAAUAAUAAUAACAAUCUACUUAUAUCAUAUCAGCUGAUAUUCUGCUAGAAGGUGGGUAGCUGAGAUAUUGUUUGCAUAACAUUGUCUAACUGUAGAAAAUGAAAAUACAGAUGAAGAGUCCCCAGUCCCUUUGCUCAAUAUUCUUAGUCACCUGUUAUGUCAUGUUAUUCACGGAAUAUUGUGGCAUCAUUCUUCCAACUUCAUAGAGGACCAUGCAGGGUAUGGUGUGAAUCUCAAGGAUAUAGAACAGUACUAGACUGAAAAACAAAACAUUUUCACCUAAGCAUGAGAAGCAUAAUAUGGAAACUGAAAGCAAUAAUUAAAUGUGUUAAAUCCCUAAUUGAGCUAAUCCUGUUGGUCCAUAUUGUUGUUAUCAUACAGUGUUGACAUCUGCAACUCAUAUGUAAAAGAAUGAGGUGACAUUGCUUGCAUAUGUGCUCGAGAGAUAGGGAGAGAGAGAAAAUAAUGAAAACUUACCAGUAGCAACUUAUAAUAACUAGUUGAGAGUAAUUAUUAAUAUGAGCAUUUCAAACUGGUAGAAAGGAACCCUUUGUAAUGCAUUGGUAGAAACCAAAGGUACUUUCUACCUGUACAGUCACCUCACAAAGCAACCUGCAUUCACUGGCAUUUAAUUUGUAUGUAGGAAAAAAGCCAUAAUGCUUGGAUUCUCCACCCUUCAUGCUAUGUGGAGAUGCAUCACCUCUGCCUCAUUACAAUAUUUAUGUAUGACAUAUUCAUAAUACAAAAUUUUCAGUAACUAUGGCAACUAUUGUAUAUAAACUACAGAAAUCACUGUCAUCUAAUGGCAGAACAGUUGAUCCAGCCAUAAAUAUUAUCCUCUGAACCUUUUUUACUUUUUGUAAGGUAUUCUUAAGAAUAUUAGAUAUAUAGCAUAGCCAUUCAAGAAUGGUAAAAGUAUGGGGUACUUUGCUAAAUGUGCAAAUUUGAAGUCACCCAAUACAGUAUUAUUUUGCAAAUACAGUCAUCUGAUAUUCAAAUGGCUCUAUUGUUCAACAUGAAGCAAGCUUAAAUAAGAUCUUACUAACUUAUCUAGGAAUAUAAUGAAAGAAAAAAGGAGCACAGUCCAAAGUUGUCAUGGCUGCAGUCAUGUAAUUACUGUGUUGGUACUGGCUGUAAGACCAAUGACAAAAACAGAACGCUAGUAGUUUAUCAUCCCUCAAACUUUUAAUGUAUCUUUGAAACUGUGAUAUACAUUUAAUUUUUGUCAUUCAUUCCAAAUACUUUAACUAUGUGCACCAAUCAAACUUCACACUUUUACUACCUCAUCAGCAUGUGAAUGAUAUAUGUACUUAUGUAUAUCAUUCACUUCUUAAAACAACUUAAAUUUUUUUUCUACUUUUAGAGGUCUCAUUGGUUUCUUUGCUGUCUCCUUAUGUGACAUCAGCAUCAUCCAUUGUUUUACAAUAUAUCCAUCAGGUGAUGUUGACUGAAGGUAUUUAACUUCCAAACAAAUAAUGAGGUGAUGAUAAUUAGAUUCCAAGUACUGUUGGUAUAUAUGACUUGAACCAUCAUCAUCCUGGAUAAUAUGAGCAAUGUGAUGCUGUUGCUGUCAUCAUCAAAUACGUAUAUUUUUUUCAGAGAUGUGUGAAAUGAAUGGCAAGUAUGUAUGUAUUGUAUAGUAAAGCAUGGUGACUCAAAUGUGCAAAAUACAAAUUUCAUUGUAUA